AUGAGCAUUGAUUGGGAAGUUGAUCACUAUCCUAAAACGAACCAGGGACCGGGGCUUGCUGGAAAUUCCUUGAAAGUUGACGGUAAAAAUCUUAAAAAAUAUCCGUGGAUUUCUUCCUCUUGUUACCAAAGAAGAGAUUUAAUGACGAAAUAA